CAGCUACCGGGAGACCGGUCUUUGCGACUCGCCAGUUCCGGUCAUGGGCUCCACCGCACACACCGUGCGGAGGUCGCUGCCCCCGCCUCCGCCCCCGCCGCCCUCGUCGCCGCUGCUGUUGCUGCUUCCUUUGCUGCCGCUGUGGGUGGCCCUGGCGGGGCCCGGGGCAGCUGCAGACGGCAGCGAGCCGGCGGCCCGGGCGGCGCGGGGCGGAGCCCGUGCAGUGCGGGUGGACGUGAGGCUAUCGCGGCAGGACGCUCUGGUCCUGGAGGGCGUCAGGAUCGGCCCGGAAGCCGACCCGGUGCCCCCGCUGGGCGGCCGCCUGCUGCUGAUGGACAUCGUGGAUACUGAGCAAGAGAUGCCCGUAGAAGGCUGGAUUGCAGUGGCAUAUGUGGGCAAGGAGCAGGAAGCCCAGUUUCACCAGGAGAAUCAGGGCGGUGGUGCCCAGGCCUAUCCCAAGGCCCUGGUCCAGCAGAUGCGCCGGGCCCUCUUUCUGGGAGCCUCUGCUCUGCUUCUCCUCAUCCUGAACCACAACGUGAUCAGAGAGCUGGACAUAUCCCAGCUUCUGCUCAGACCUGUGAUUGUCCUUCAUUAUUCGUCCAAUGUCACCAAACUGUUGGAGGCACUGCUGCAAAGGACCCAGGCCUCAGCUGAGAUCACAAGUGGAGAAUCUUUGUCAGCCAACAUUGAGUGGAAGCUGACCCUGUGGACCACCUGUGGCCUCUCCAAGGAUGGCUAUGGAGGAUGGCAGGACCUAGUGUGCCUGGGAGGCAGUCGUGCCCAGGAGCAGAAGCCCCUGCAGCAGCUGUGGAAUGCCAUCCUGAUGGUGGCCAUGCUCCUGUGCACAGGACUUGUGGUCCAGGCCCAGCGACAGGCAUCACGGCAGAGCCAGCAGGAGCCUGGAGGCCAGGUUGACCUUUUCAAGCGCCGUGUGGUGCGGAGACUGGCCUCCCUCAAGACCCGGCGCUGCCGUCUGAGCAGAACAGCACAGGGCCUUGCGGAGCCUGGCACUGAGACCUGUGCAGUGUGUCUGGAUUACUUUUAUAACAAGCAGUGGCUCCGGGUGCUACCCUGUAAGCAUGAGUUCCACCGAGACUGCGUGGAUCCCUGGCUGAUGCUCCAGCAGACCUGCCCACUGUGCAAAUUCAAUGUCCUGGGGAACCGCUACUCAGAUGACUAGCUGCCCCACUGGGGAUUCUGUGUACAGGAACCUUCUGCUGCAUCCAGCCCUUAGCCUUGGCUCCUGGACAGGAUGGUGGAAUGGGUCAGCCCUGUGGGUGGAGGAAGGAUGUGGACCCCAGCGUACCAUGCUGGGAAACAGGGAUCUGCACCCCUGGCCGAACUGCAGAGCC